AUGCGACUCCUUACGUCGGUCAUCUCAGUCUCGCUUGCUGGAGGGUUAGCACAAGCCAAUCAUGUUGAGCCUCGAGAUCUUGUUGUCUACGACACGGUCAAAGUAGCUUGUUCGGAGCUUCAAGACAGUUAUCCUAAAUUGACGCUGUUUCCGAACACCACGGACUACGACGAUGAGGUCAUCAACACCUGGGAUAAGCGCGCCAACUUAAUCCCCGGGUGUAUCUUCCGCCCAACAAAGGACACCCAAGUUGCUAAGGCACUUUCCAUCUUCCACCGAAACAAGGCCGAAUUUGCGGUCCGCGGAGGCGGUCAUUUGCCUUAUCCCGGCUCGAACAGCAUCAAUGAUGGUAUCCUCGUCGUGCUCGCCGGCCUGAAGGAGACCAAGGUGAAUCUUAGCAAAGGCACUGUCGAAGUCGGUGGCGGUUGUGUCUGGAACGAUGUAUAUAAAGCACUCGGACCUUAUGGGCUGUAUACGAACGGCGGUCGACUCAAGACAAUCGGUGUUCCCGGUCUGACCUUGCUCGGCGGAGUCCACUAUUUCCUCAACAAAUAUGGCUUCACGAUGGACAGCGUAGUUAACUACGACGUUGUCCUCGGAAACGGUACAAAAGUCCAAGCGAACCGGAAACAACGCCCCGACCUCUUCUGGGCCUUGAAAGGCGGCGCUUUGAACUAUGGAAUCGUCACCAAGUUUGAGUUCAAGACCUUCAAGGCCCGUCAUGUUACCAGCACUUUCCAGAUUUUCCCUGAGUCGGCAGCAAAGGAUUAUAUCAAGGCCGCAUGCGACAUGGUUCUCUCAGACGACGGGUCUGUCGGAGCGGGUGCGGUUAUCAACAUCAACUACAACACAACGACCAAGAAAGCUACACCGCAGAUCUUUGGCCUUCAAGAAGGCACAAAGUCACCUCCAUCCCGGUUUGCCAACUUUACUGCUAUCCCGAACGCUGUGACACGAGUCCAUAAUGUUACUACUCCGGUCGAAUGGCACUCUAAGUUUGAUACCCCGAACCAAAUGUUCCGAGUCUCCUUUGGUCACCACACGAUAAAGCCCGAUGCCGAGAGAUUAACCGAGAUUUACAAGGCGUGGAUAGAGGCGAUUGCUGAUAUCGUGGAUGUUCCUGGCCUUUUCCCAACCUUCAUUCUUAACCUGGCUCCGCGAACUGCAGCAACCGUGGCCAAGAAGAACGGAAUCGGCAAUACUUUUGGUCUGGACGACAAGGAGCCUCAUAUCUGGUGGCAGUUAACCACUUCAUGGGCGCGCUCUGAAGAUGAUGUCAAGGUGACAACCUGGGUUCGAACAUUCCUGGAGGGCUUCCAUGCCGAGAAUAAGGAUUUGGGACUUUCUACCGAGUUUCUUUAUGGUGGAGAUGUGGCUGAGUACCAGAACCCAUUGCUUCAGUACCCGCAGAAGAACGUGGACAAGAUGAGGAGCAUUCGGGCUAAAUAUGACCCUGACCUCGUGUUCAGCAAGCUGAACUGGGGGGGCUUUAAGCUUGGUCUGUAG